AUGAAAUAUUGUCUGUUAUAUAUGCAAGCUUGGUAAGAUAAGAUUUUUUUCUGGAGUUAGAAGAACUCAUUUAAAUUCAGGAUAAUCUUCCUCGACUUCCUCCUCUCCCUAUGCAUGACUCCUUACGUAUUUUUCCCGGCUUGCGCAGGUUUCACCAUCGGAAUUUUCCACAAUCUCAAUGUUCCCAUGGAUUUCCAAUCAUUUUUCGCGAUUUGUUGCAUCGCAAUUAUGAAUUUGGCAGUUCCAAUAAUCUUGGAAAAUCGUCAUAAUAUUCUAGUCCGCGGGCGAUUUCGUAUAACUCGGAAGUUUACACGAUAUGUCUUCUAUGUUUCGAAUGUUGUGGUGCCAAUUUUGUCGCAUAUUCCAGUGGCUUUGAAUUUGCCUGAUCAGACGAAAGCUGCGUUGACGAUCCUAGAGGUUAGGCCUAGACCUAGGCCUGGGCUUAGGCUCAAAUCGAAAACUAGGCUAGAAUGUAGCCUGAAUCCUUGGGGGACCUAGAAACCGACUCGGCCACGCUCUAGUCUUAGCCUUAGACUUUUUUGUACCUUAACUCCAGGGUUCCCGAGGUUUUUUCAUGUUUUCAAGCAAAAAAAAAAACAAAAAAUCAUUUUUUUUUUUUCGUGGCCUAGAAACCGACUCGGCCACAAGUUUUUUUGGGGGAAUUUUUUUCCAUUUUUUGAGGGUUCUGGAAGAACCUGGAAAUCCAGGCUUCUAGUCAAGCUUUCAGGCUGAAACUAGACUCUAGUCUGAUCAAAAUAUUCUAGUUUGCGAAAAUUGUAGAAGCGAAAAAAAAUUAAAAUACACAGAAGCCUUCAGAAAAUUGACAAUAGAGCUUUACUAGAAUUUAGUUUGAUUGAAACUAGACUCUAGUUUGCGAACAUCUCAUUUUCAUGACUUUCAAAAAUUGACAUUUUUGAAUUUUCAUUGAAAACAACUUGUUUGCAGUAGAGCACGUUUGCAUCAUUCACUCAUAUUUUGCAGACAACCGUUCCUUGCCCAACCAUCGAAUACUUCCAAUACGAAAUCUUCGCGCUAGGCUUAGACAACACAAUAAGUAGCAUCGGAAUCGGAACAAUCGUAAUCUUCGCCUUAUCCGAAUCCCUCUUCUUCUCAAUUCACUCAAUCCAUCAUCUCAAAAAAAUCACCAACUUCACCUCAAAAAACACGCAAAAAUUGCAAAAAUCAGUGUUCACGGCGAUUUCGCUGCAACUUGUCACAACUACUGCAGUUGCACUAAUUCCAGCAUCAUAUUUUAUUGUUUCAAUUCAAAGUGGUUAUUAUAAUCAGGCUAUUACCAAUGUUUGUUUUAUCCUGAUUUCGAUUCAUGGAUUUUUGGCGACGAUUUCGAUGUUGAUGUUUCACAAAUAUUAUCGGACUUUUAUUUUUUCGUGUUUUCAUGAGAGAAAAGAAGCGGGACCAUCUACGGUUUUUGUUAGAAGUUCACAAGCUUCAAAAAGUCAUUUUUAAAAAAAUGUGAAUAAACAUUUUUUUGUCAUGAAAACCUUUGAGCGCGUGCGGUUGCAACGCGGUUCAUUAUGUACAUUACUUAAUGCACCACGUUUUUUUCAACAGGUGAAAAUAAGCUUUCGACUAGAAAACUUUAAACUUAUUUUUCUAUGGUUGUUGAAUAUUCUUAUUCUCAAAACAAAUUCGAAUAUUACAUCUUCGGUUCAUUCAUUCUGUAUCAGAUAAUUCUAAUAAUUCUAUAUUUCACAAGUAUUCUCAUAAUUUUCCCAUUAUUCAUUCAUUUCACAAGAAUUAAUAGGAAAAGGGAUGAAGAAUGUGCAAUUUUCCAAAUCACAAAUCAUCUUUAUAAAAUCACAGUAUUCUCGCAACUUGUAAUAUUAUCUACAAUUAUCUUCAUAGUUUUCAUUAUUUAUUGUGUUGCAUCGCAUUUUGAGACUGAAAAAUUAAAAGAACAACCAGUUAUUUUAGUAAUUUACAUGUUUCUUCUAAUAUUUGUCUUGACAUUUAGUAUCAUUGUGAUUCCAAUUCAAAACUUCCUAAUAUUCCUUUUGGCUUUUCAAAGAUUCCUCCUUUAUUUUUUCCCAAAUUUGGAAAAACUCAUAGUUCCUUCUGAAAAAAGGUUCAAAUGCAUUAUUCGAUGGUUAUAUUCAAUAGCGACUUCUUUGAACUUAUUUUAUUAUCAAUAUAAGUUCAGAUGCACUUUCUAUCCGGAUUCUACAGACAUCACAACAUGCGAAGAUUUACCAAUUAUACGUUCAGCGAUUUAUAUAAUCCUGGAUUUUCUAGUCAUGUUCUCAUCGAUUUUCUAUAUUUUUAUCCUUGUUAGUGUUCGGAAUAUCACAAGAAAUGCCUCGAAUUUCAUGAAAACCCGCCCGGAAAAAGUGAUAAUUUAUCAGACUUUGGUUUUACUUUUCGUAAAACUCUUAUGUUUUCCAUUAAUAUUGUUUGCUACUGGAUUUCUUCAAGAUCUGAAUUUGAAUGGAAUUCUGGAUGUGGUAAGUCAGAAUUUCAGCUUUUUUCAGCUGUCGUCUCAUAUUUUCAGAUCUACUACCCCUUAUUCAUCAUAGAUUUUCUCACAACACCCAUCGUAUUUCAAAUCACUUAUUUAUUUUGCAACAAAACAAAUCUGGAAAUUUUGCUGAAAAUGAAUUUCAGAAAAUUGAAAACUUGGAAAACUAUUUGUUGCGGGCACAAUUCUUCGAAUUAUGUUCAACAAUAUGAAAUUUCCAGAUUUCGUGUUACUACAAUCACUUAA